AUGGAGCAUGGCUCACUCGCUGUCACCAACGGCCGCGAUAUCCAUACCGUCGUCAACGCCUUGUUGAAGCUGCCGUUCGUCGCCAAGAUAGCCACCAAGGAUUGGCACCCCACAGAUCACAUCUCCUUCGCCUCCAAUCACCCAGGAAAGCAGCCGUUUGUUGACUCCAUCGCCAUUGUCAACCCGCGAAACAGCGCCGAGACGUAUCACACCCGUCUGUGGCCGGUGCACUGCGUCCAGGGUACGCCCGGUGCGGAACUGGUACCGGAGCUGGAUGCCUCGGCCGUCGACACCGUCAUUGAGAAGGGCCAGAUGAAGGAGGUGGAGAUGUACAGCGCCUUCUACGACCCCUUCCAGUCGUCCAGGGUCGCCGACAGCGGGCUUGCGGGGGCACUGAAAGGAAAGGGCGUCACAGACGUAUUCGUUGUCGGAUUGGCUGGCGACUACUGCGUCAAAUUCACAGCGCUGGAUGCGAGCAAGGAAGGCUUCCGGACCUUCAUCGUCGAGGAGGGAACCAAGCCGGUGGACGCAGAGAAAUGGGACGACUGCAAGAGCGAAUUGGAGGCCAGCGGGGUGAGGAUUGUCAGUGUGGAGGGGCCGGAGGUCCGAAGGGUUGGCACGGCAGGACGGGGAUGA